UGACAGUAAUUGUGCCUGCUUGUACACUUUUUGUAACCAAAUAUUAUUAUGUCAGCAUGAAAAUUUGUUUUUCUUUUCAUACAUUCUGGGAUUUAUUUAUACGUUUACUACUUUCUUCUUUACUUUUCUCAUUCUGUUCUUUCUAACACAUGGUUUCAAUUCUUUUCAUGGGUUUUUCCACAUUCUGUUCUUGUAUAAAACAAUAUAAAAUGCAGAUAAGCAUACUAGUAAUAAUAUACACGCUUUUUUCCGACAGAUUUACGAUAGGUUCAUGUGAAUGUAAAAGGUUGUAGGCACUUUUAUCUUCAAUGAAUUUUUCAUACUGUUACCGCUCUAUUUGUAGAAAUGCUCAGAAAGCCUUGAGCAGCUGACUUUAUAAAAAUCCAAAAAUGCUUUCAAUGAUCUUAGGAUAUGUAGAGCAAAUAUUUUUGAUCAAAACCAGACCCCUUUCAAAUCUUGGUAAUGUCUGAAAUUCAGAGUAAUGAGAUUUCUGAUAUAAACAUCGGAUUGCAUGUUUCUGUUUUCGAUAAUUUAGUCUAGAAUGUCCUUAUCAAAAGUUGCAUGUGCAAAAUGUGUAAAAGGUGUGGGUAUUUUAGCAUGUGAAGGAUGCUUAAAAAAGUUUUGUAUGAAAUGUACGACUGAACAUCGACAAGAACUAGAAAGAGAGCUGGACAAUAUUGUUUAUGAACAUGAUACAUUAAAACAACAUCUUCAAACAAUCGAUGAUAACAUGUCACAUCCUUUGUUGAAACAAAUUGACGAAUGGAAAAAAGCUGCAACCAACAAAAUUAACUUUCUGGCGGAAGAAGUUCACAACGAUGUUAUUGAACUACUCAAACAAAACAAGGCAGCAUUAAGAGAUCGAUUUCAAAAAUUAACUGUUGAAAUCACAAACGGCCGAGAUGAUGCAGCAUAUGUUGAAACAGAUUUAGAUACAUGGAUGGCAGAACUAGAAAAAGUAAAG